UUCCUCGGUCCUUUCAAAAUCCAAAAUUUUUAGUAAAUCCUUUAUACAAAAAAAUCCCGAAAACGCAACGAAACUAAAGCAUCGAUCAUGGUCCGAAUGAGCGCCUGCAGCAAACCGUGCGGCUCGAGUUCCUGCUGCACGCCGAUCUGCGCGAUCCGCGUCCCGUACUACGAGUGGCCCUACGGCGUACCCAAGUACUACUCGACAGGGCCCUAUCCCUGCUACCCGGGCUUCGGACCCACCCAACCGGGUCCUUGCAGCAAACAAGCGCCCUGCGGCGUUCCCGGCCCUUGCGGUCCCUGCGGCGGUUGCGGAGCCGGUCCUUGUGGACCUUGCGGCGCGGGACCCUGCGCUCCGGGACCCUGCGGGCCCGGUACUGCUCCUUGUUGCGCCUCUUUGCUGUGAAACUGCUUGGAGCAAGUGAGUCGAGUAUCGCCUGUGGUGUUGUCCUUGUAUUGCGGGUUCCUCUGGUUUAUCUUAAGAGAUAGUCGGUUUAGGUAUUGUUUAGGUCUGUUUUAUUGAGAACAUGUAAGCUUGUUUUAAAACUAAAUAAAGAUAUUUUGAUG